UGAUGCGCGAGGAGCUUGAAUUUAUACAGGAUUUGUGUGUUAGUAAUAAUAAGAAACCUGCGCUUGUAAGGAUUGUCGAGUAUUUCGAUAUAGUUUAUAAGUGACAGAAUGUCGUAAAAAUAAAAGUUACAUUGGCGAUUUGAGGUACAAAAACGGUAGCUGGCUGGUUAGCAUAACUACUUGUAGCUAGCUAGGUAGCCUGUUAGCUAGAGGGCUUGAGGUGAGUAACGGUUUGGUUAGCUGUGGUUUGUAUUGUUAUGGUAAUGUUUGCUAACGGUGACUGGUUAGAGUAUCAGUAAGCAGCGGGUGGACAGUUAGUCGUGGCGGUGCGGUUAUGCAUUUCAUUCUGCUCGCUGUUUGUUUAUAUAGCUAACGUGUCGGUUAGCUCGGUUAGCUGAUGGACGGUUUAGCGGGCGGACAGUGCGACUAUACGGGCGUUGUUUGGUUACGGUAUUGGGGCGGUUAGCUUAGCUGGAUACAGCACGGAUGUACUGGGAGUCAGGCUUGUCCCGUAGUCACUGGGACAACUCUUAUUGAUAGUCGGGACUAAUCAGUGUCACUAGUGAAAUGUGGCAAGAAAUUGCUUUGAAUAACUGUUAGACAGCUGGUCUCAGAUUACUAUCCAUACACUACUGUACUAGACAGUCUUCAGGUAUUUUCUUGUGUUGACUUCCGUGUUAGUUCCUUUUGUACACAUUAAAUGAUUCAAGGCCCGUUCUGUUUUUAUCCAACUAGUCAGCAGAUCAACCCAGCCUGUUCCGUUUCGAAAGGCCCACGCGAUAUGCAUUGUAUCUGGUAUUAAAACCGAUUCUGCUAUAGUGCCAGUCAAUGGUGUAGAGGAAGACCUGCCUACAUUCUCUGUUAUAAUAAGAUCGGAAUAAUAAACCACUACGGCAAUGACUCUGGAGUCCAUGAUGGCCUGCUGCCUGAGUGAGGAGGCUAAAGAGUCCAAGAGGAUCAACGCCGAGAUCGACAAACAGCUCCGUCGAGACAAGAGAGACGCACGCAGAGAGCUGAAACUUCUCCUCCUGGGUACUGGUGAAAGUGGAAAGAGCACAUUUAUCAAACAGAUGCGCAUUAUCCAUGGGUCGGGCUAUACUGACGAGGAUAAGCGCAGCUACACUAAGCUUGUCUAUCAGAACAUCUUCACCUCCAUGCAGGCCAUGAUCCGUGCUAUGGAAAAUCUCAAGAUCGGUUACAAGUUUGAGCAGAACAAGGCCAAUGCUCUUCUGGUGAGGGACGUGGACGUGGAGAAAGUCUGCUCCUUUGACCAGCCUUACAUCAACGCAAUGAAGAUGCUGUGGGCCGACCCGGGCAUCCUGGAGUCCUAUGAUCGCAGAAGAGAGUACCAGCUCUCUGACUCCACCAAAUAUUACCUAAGCGAUCUGGAUCGUAUCUCAGACGGCUCCUAUCUACCAACCCAGCAAGAUGUGCUUAGGGUUCGAGUUCCAACUACAGGAAUCAUUGAGUACCCUUUCGAUCUGCAAAGCAUCAUUUUCAGGAUGGUGGAUGUCGGGGGUCAGAGGUCAGAGCGCAGAAAGUGGAUUCACUGCUUCGAGAACGUGACUUCCAUCAUGUUCCUUGUCGCCCUGAGUGAAUAUGACCAGGUCCUGGUUGAAUCAGACAACGAGAAUCGAAUGGAGGAGAGCAAAGCCCUUUUCAGGACGAUCAUAACCUACCCCUGGUUUCAGAACUCCUCUGUCAUCCUGUUCCUUAACAAAAAGGACCUGCUGGAGGAAAAGAUCAUGUACUCUCACCUGGUUGACUACUUCCCUGAGUUUGAUGGUCAACAGAGAGACGCCCAGGCAGGACGGGAGUUCAUCCUAAAGAUGUUUGUGGAGCUGAACCCUGACAGCGACAAGAUCAUCUACUCGCAUUUCACCUGCGCCACAGACACGGAGAACAUCCGCUUCGUCUUUGCUGCUGUCAAAGACACCAUCCUGCAGCUCAACCUCAAAGAGUACAACCUGGUGUGAAUAAAGGAUGGGAAAAGAGGGACACCUGCAGGCCAUGUGCACCACCAUUUUUUUAAUGUAUUACACACACACACGUGCGUGCACACACACUCACAUAACAUAAUCAUGAUUUAGACCAACACAGCUCAGCUCUUUUUUUGGCACAGAUGUUUAUUCAUAGUUUUUUCAUUUGACCAGGUUUUCCAUUCUGAUGGCAUUAUCAGUUGCUGCAGGCAAUAUUUUGCCAUCUCCAUCAGCUGAUAACUCCACUGCUUGUUCCUUCUGAUUGCUUCAUUAAUGAGGAGGCUAGGGCACUCGAACUGUGUGUGGAAGUGCUCGAAAUGCCAGUCCUCAUAGGCACAGAAGCAGCUGAGUUGCUACCGCUGAGUAAGAUAUGAUGAAAGAACGUCAUUUCCUUUAUGCUAGAUAAAAAAUGGUCUAAAUGGAGGAGUAACUGCAAUUCCAAACGAAAUAACACAGGUGACAUUCGAGCAGGACGUUGAGUGGAGAUUACUGCAUAAACCUCACUUUGAAUGUGUGGGGUUUUUUUUGGGGGGGUUUCCACCCAAAAUCAAAUUGAUUUACAGUACAGAAGUACAGCAGAGGUCAUGUGCAUUAAUUUUUUGUAUAUUAGAAAUAAUUUAAACAUUUCAGUGGCACACUAGCACUAUUGCUGCAUCCGGAGGGGCAGAUAUUGUGAACUGUGUGAUAAUAGAUUCCUAAAAAUCAAGGGGUAGAUCAGUGAGUGUGUUAGAUUUCAUAUUUAGUUUUAUGUCAGUGAUUUAUGUCAGUGAUUUUUAUCAGUGGGUUGCCUCCUCCAUCUGUACCAUUCAACAAAUUAAUAUUUAGCUGUUCAAAUAAAUAGUUUGCUAGGAUGUUUUUGCCAGUAUUGAUUGCCUGUUUGGUACAAUUGAAGGAAAAUGAUGUAUACAGAGGUUUGCAAAACAAAAUUCUAUUAUGUAUGUUUACA